GGCCAUUAUACCAUAAAGAAGAAGAAACAAUGAAGCCAAAGAUUUAUUUUUAAGCGAAUUGAACGCACCCCAAUCGGUGGGGCGAAACAGAAACUGUCAGCUGAAGAAUAGAGGAUGCGUGUUGAACCCACUGCAACUGGACACGGACAUUUAUAAGGCACCCUUUCACCGAUCGAGAACGAAGACGGUGUCGCAAGAGCAGUCAGUUUGUAAGAGGAGUCCUGUGCUUGGUGCAUCUUUUAAUCUUUGACCUUUGGCACACACAAACAAACCAGUCAUUUUAAAAAGCGUCUCAGGUAUGGAUUGGAUAGCUGUGUUCACAUCCUUGGAGGCGGUGUGUGAGGAGAACGUCACUGCUCUGACUGGGCCUCCCGACUUGCCAAAUGGCAACGUGUCCAGGCGCUUGGUGACAUCUAUGAGAAAGAUUCAGGACCAUGGUCGUGCCCUGGAACCUGUGAUUUCUGGCAUCACUGCAGUCUACCACCACUAUGACUUAGACUCCGAUACCCCUGGGAAUGGGUAUCGCACACUGGUCAAGGUGUUGCAGUCUUGCCUUCUGCACAUCAUCCACAAUGGCCGCUACAUUGCCUCUAACUGCCACAGGGCCUUCUUCAGGGCCGACCACAAUGCCUCAGAGAUGGAAGCCUAUGGCAGUGUCCUGUGUCAGCUACGGGCCCUCCUCUACAUUGCCCAGGGAAUGCUCCACGACAACAGUCCCGGGCAGCUGUACGGAGAACAGGACGGAGAGCUGAGCAGGAGGUUGGUGAGGGAGUAUGCCUCCAUGCACAAGGCCUGCUUCUACGGCCGCUGCCUGGGCUUUCAGUUCUCGUCUUCCCUUCGUCCGAUCCUGCGGUCAUUAAUCAUAAGCAUGGUCUCGUUUGGCGAGAGUUACGAAAAACAGCAUUCCGGGUUAGGCAUGGCAGCAUUCUCCCUCCUUACCUCUGGGAAGUAUGUCAUUGAUCCAGAGCUGAGAGGAGAAGAAUAUGAGCGGAUCACCCAGAACUUGGACAUGAAGUUCUGGAAGUCCUUCUGGAACCUCACCGAAUCAGAGCUUGUAUCGGGCUUUGCCAGUUUAACCUCUACCCUAGUGCAGGUGAACCUCACCCUGACCAUACCACCUGAACCGCUACUCCUCCCCCUGGUUUCAGACCCCCGUCUCUCUACCCCUGUGUCCCCGCCAUUGGCCCACUGGGGCCCUGGACCUGUCAACAUGCGCCUCAUCUCCUAUGAGCUUCGAGAAGGACAGGACAGUAAAGAGCUGCUAGCCUUCGCUCGUACAGAAGCUCCACCCAUUUCCCUGUCUUUAGUACCGUUUGGUGCCCAGAAGCGUCCUCCCUCCCCCUGGCUGUUGAUCCACUUCCAUGGAGGAGGCUUCGUGUCCCAGACCUCCAAAUCCCAUGAGAACUAUCUGAAGAGCUGGUCCAAGGAUCUAAAUGUCCCCAUCCUGUCUGUGGAUUACUCCUUGGCUCCUGAGGCCCCUUUUCCCAGAGCCCUGGAGGAGUGCUUCUACGCCUACUGUUGGGCCCUCAAGAACUGCCAUCUUCUGGGCUCCACUGCUGAGCGUGUGUGUCUGUGUGGGGACAGUGCUGGGGGGAACCUCUGCAUCACUGUGUCCAUGAGGGCCAUUGCCUGCGGUGUGCGCAUCCCUGAUGGUAUUAUGGCUGCAUAUCCUGCUACCCUGCUCACCAUUGAAGCCUCGCCCUCCCGCCUUCUCACCAGCUUUGACCUACUGCUGCCCUUAGGGGUGCUCUCCAAGUGUAUCAACGCCUACACAGGUGUAGACUCUGAGACGGUUCAGCCUACAGAGGGGAUCAGCACGUUGAGCGCUCUAGGUAGAGACACAGCCUCGCUGAUCAGUGACCUCUCACACGGGGCGUCCAAAUGGAUCCAGUCCUUCAUUCCCGCAGAGGUCCUAGGGUCAUGGUCAUCGUCACACCGGAGGUCCUUGGACAACGAGGCCCACCAGAGAUCAGUGUUGCCAUGUUCAUCCGACUCCUCCUCAGACACCAGGGACUAUCCAGAAGGCUUUGAGCCCCUGCGCUCCGAGCGCCUGUCUGUGAUCCAGACCCCUAGCUGUCCCACCGCCAAGAACCCGUUUGUGUCACCCCUGCUAGCCUCUGACGACCUACUGCGAGGACUACCACCUGUACACUUAGUGGCCUCUGCACUGGAUGCCUUGUUGGAUGACUCUGUGAUGUUCGCCAGGAAACUGCGGAAUAUGGGCCAACCAGUGACCCUGAGGGUGGUGGAGGACCUCCCACAUGGCUUCCUAAGCCUAUCGGGAUUCGCAGAGGAGAUAAAGGUGGCCUCCGACAUCUGCGUAGAGCGAAUCAGAGAGGUCUUCCAGCAGAAAACUCUGCCUUCCUGUAGUCGCAAGUGACCAAUGUUUGAAAGGAAUAAUAAUGGGGCUGACCAGCUGCCUAAUAAAACCAAGGGGAAAACUAGUUGUUGUCCUCACGAAAGUGAAAGAUGACACCCUUGCCUUUCUUGCACUUUUCUUACUAGCACUGACUGAUAGCUGCUUUAUUGAGGAAAACAUUUUCUAAUUAUGAGUGAUAUUUGAAGUUACUGGUUAAAGAGCAUCUGCUGAGGGAGAUGACAGUGUACACAGUUUUUUUUUUUUUUGGUCCAGGAAAGGGUCAUGUCAUUUGUAAUCAAUUAAAUGUCAUAUUACUUAAGGUUUGAGAACAAUACUGAACAGAAAUACAAUUUCACAGAUUUGUAUUGAGUAAAAAAAAAAAAAUGUAAACACCGAGUGUCAGCGGGCGAGAGAGACGUUGAGUCUCCUGGGAGGCUGUGGCUUUAGCGAGGGGCUUUGUGUGGGCUUAACAACCGUGUCUGUCUCUCCCUGUGGCAGAAAAGAUGACACGCUAGAUACCUUCACCUCAGGAUCAUGGGGUUAACCAUCCCAUCCCUGUGAGCCUCAGACAACAAUAUCACAAUGAUGGGAUGUCCUGUAUACCCAACUGCACACACAUGCACUGGUGGCAGUGCUGGAAUAAACCUAAGACCUUACACACACACAAACACAGAGAGAGAGAGCCCUUGGAUGCCCACUGAGCUCAGAGGAAGGAGGAUGCCCUCUACUUUAUGCUUUAACAUGCUGUCUCCAAUUAUACUGAACAAUAAUAUAAACGCAACAUGCAACAAUUUCAAAGAUUUUACUGAGUUACAGUUCAUAUGAGGAAAUCAGUCUAUUGAAAUAUAUUCAAUAGGCCGUAGUCUAUGGAUUUCACAUGACUGGGAAUACAGAUAUGCAUCUAUUGUAGAGGUCAACAAAUUAUGAUUUUUAAACGCCGAUACUGAUUUUAUUGGAGGGCCAAAAAAAUUCAAGAAAGGCAUUGAUGUUCAUGGUUAGGUGCAUUUGUGCAACAAUUGAGCUUUUUUUCACGAAUGUGUUUUUGUUUAAAUCAUCCCCCAUUUGGCUAAGUUGAAGUAGCCUGUGAUUCGAUGGUAAAUUAACAGGCACCACUUUGAUUAUUUGCAACGCAGGACAAGCUAGUUAGCCUAGUAAUAUCAUCAACCAUGUGAAGAUUGUUUUUUAUAAGAUAAGUUUAAUGCUAGCUAGCAACUUACCUUGGCUCCUUGCAGCCACAAGGUCCUUUUGAUGCUCCACUCGCAUAACAGGUGGUCAGCCUGCCACGCAGUCUCCUUGUGGAUUGCAAUGUAAUCGGCCAUAAUCGGCAUCAAAAAAGGCCAAUUACCGAUUGUUAUGAAACCUUGAAAUGGGCCUAAUUAAUCAGCCACGCCGAUUAAUCGGUCGACCGCUAAUCUGUUGGUCACAGAUACCAAAAAAAAAAUGGGCCUCGUGAUCUCUUUACGGUAUUUUUGUGCAUUCAAAUUGCCAUCGAUAAAAUGCAAUUGUGUUUGUUGUCUGUACCUUAUGCCUGCCCAUACCAUAACCCAAUUGCCGCCAUGGGGCACUCUGUUGUGAGGCCGGUUGGACGUACUGCCAAAUUCUCUAAAAUGAUGGAGGUAGCUUAUGGUAGAGAAAUGAACAUUAAUUUCUGGCAACAGCUCUAGUGGGCAUUCCUGCAGUCAACAUGCCAAUUGCACGCUCCCUCAACUUGAGACAUCUGUGGCAUUGUGUUGUGAGAGAACUGCACAUUUUAGAGUGGCCCUUUUAUUCUCCCCAGCACAAGGUGCACCUGUGUAAUGAUCAUGCUGUUUAAUUCGAUUCUGAUAUGCCACACAUGUCAGGUGGAUGGAUUAUCUUGGCAAAGGAGAAAUGCUCACUAACAGGAAUGUAAACAAAUUUGUGCACAAAUGAGAGAAUUAAGCUUUUUGUGGGUAUGGAAACUUUCUGGGAUCUUUUAUUUCAGCUCAUGAAACAUGGGACCAACACUUUACAUCUUGUGUUUUAUAUUUUUGUUCAGUGUAGUUGCUUAUAUCUCGUGUGCCCGAUGAUGCCCCCCAUCCCUGAUUCUGUACUGGGCUUGCAAUAUCAAGUGCGCCAAGUGUGAUCUCAAUAAAAUGAUUCAUCGUCUAGUCUUUCUCAAACCCCCGCCGGUUCAUGGAGGAAUGCAUGCUGGUCUGGAGUAUAUUUGUAUUGAAUAUGAUUCGUUUUCUUUGUGGUCUGCGGCAUAUUUGACUCAAAUAAAUACUUGCCUUAGG